CGGCACACGAAUCGACGUUUCGCGACGACGGCUCCGGGACGAAUAGCCCCCGAGUAGACAGCGGCGUGAAAGGGGAAAAGGAAGCAAAAGGGCGAGAGCGGGGGGCUAGUGACGAAGCGCUCCGCCUUACGAGCAGCGGCGCCGCCGCGAUGCCUCGGCGAGGAGCCGAAUGGGUCCGAAGAGCAAAGUGAAACGACGUUGACUUUUCUGGAUUAUUUCGCCACUGCUCCACCGAAGCGAACUUUAGCAGCACGCCAAUUUGUGGUUGCUUGAUCGUGGAUUAUACAAGCGAAAGAAAAAAUCGCUGGAUUGUGAGAAUUUACGCGAACUCCACGUGUUGUGGUUGUUGGCGUUUUUUUUUUUUUUUGGUUCUCUCUGAAACGUGCGCUUUGCACGCGUUGACGACAAUGACUGGAUAUGUACGGCUGCCGUUUCAUUCGUCCCGGGGGAGACGAGGCGAGUGAGUGCGGGGCAGAGAAAGGAGGAGGACAUCGGAGGAAAACGGCGAAGCCGAGUCCACCGGUGGCGUUCGGCUGCCGUCUCCGAGCUCUUUUUUCCCCACCCGACCCAAGCAGGACACACAUCGGGACGCGCACCGGGAGGACCUGCGUUCACGACCUCGGCCAGCGGGAGGCGAGUGUCCGAAGAAAUGCCGGUCCGCGGUGCCCUAGAACAUCACCAGCGGCACCAUGGCAAAUCAUUGGCCUGUGAGAAAAGAGGAGUGCUCGCACGGGUCCGCCUCUCCUGCUAGAUGGUCGGCGCCCUCCUUGAUGCUUCUAUGGCUGCCGUGGGUGGUCUUCUGGCUGCUGUGGCCCAUCCGAGCCGAACAAGUGGCGCAACACGUGGGCAAAGGGCUCCGCGGGUCCGCCGCGUCAUCUUCCUCCUCUCCCUCCGGCUCCUCGGCGUGGGGCUUCAGCACAAGGCAGAGCGGAGGGCAGCUGGACUGGCUGCUGUCAGAAAAGGGACCUUUCCACCGUUGCCCUGAGUACACCGAGUUCAGAGAGAGGUUCCAUCAGGGAUUUUCCACCAGAUACAAGAUUUACAGGGAAUUCAGCCACUGGAAGGUAAGCGGCCUGGCGACAGAGAAGAGAGACUUCCCGAAAGCGGCGUUGCCCUUAGCCCCGGAGUUCCGACGUAACCUGCGAUUACUGGGGCGACGGCCGACCUUGCAGCAAAUCAACGAAAACCUCAUCAAGAAGUAUGGGACCCACUUCCUGGUGUCUGCUACCCUCGGAGGGGAGGAGUCGUUGACCAUUUUCCUGGACAAGCAAAGACUGACUAAGAAGUCGGAAGGCAACAGCAACAGCACCGCGGUGUCUCUGGAACUGCUCCAUCAGCUCGCCGCUUCCUACUUCACUGAUCGAGAGAGCACCCUGAGGAGACUGCACCACCUGCAGAUCGCCACUUCGGCAAUUAAGGUAACGGAAACAAGAACGGGUCCUCUCGGCUGCAGUAACUAUGACAGCUUGGAUUCCGUUAGCUCAGUGUUGGUGCACAGUCCAGAAAAUAAGAUCCAUCUCAAAGGCCUGCAAGACGUCUUGCCUGAUUUUCUGCGCGGGCGUUUUGUGGAGGCAGCGCUCAGCUACGUGGCGUGUAACUCGGAGGGCGAGUUGCUCUGCCGCGGCAAUGACUGCUGGUGCCGAUGCGGCCCUCGCUUCCCCGAGUGCAAUUGUCCCUUGGCCGACAUCAAGGCUAUGGAGGAGAACCUGGAGAAAAGCAAAGAGGCCUGGAACACUUUCAACCGAGACUUUAUGGAAUCAGAUGAAUUCAAAGGCUUCCUGAAAGGCUUGCCCACUGACCAAUUCUUGAACGUGUCCACCAUUGCCAAGUACUGGUCGGCGGACUUCCCGCUGCAGCGGCGCUACGCACAUCUGGAGUCCGGCACGGCUUUGGUCCUGGGCAAGGCUCAGAAGAUCGUCAGAAAAUUGUUCACCCUCAGCAAACGAUGUCCGAAACAACCUCGAAUAAGUCUCCCCCGAGAAAGGUCGAUUGCCUUUUGGCUGAGCACGGCCCAGUCGCUGCUCUACUGCAACGACCGCGGCGUGCUGGGAUCGUUCUCCGAGGAGGUCAAGAGUUGCCGCUGCCCUGCGGAACACCCGACUUGUCAGGGCGCCAUUCCCUGUGUCGUCGGCGCCUCGUGCUCCGCGUGCGCCGCGGACAACGUGACCCGCUGCGGCUCCUGCCGCCACGGCAACCUGCUCCACCUCGGUUCCUGUCGACCGAGCAUCGCCGCGUCCCUGGACCACUAUCUGAACUUUGACCUCGACGUGCCGGAUGCCGAGGCCAAGUACCUCCUUGAGCAACUGGACAGCAGAAUGGAGGUCCACGCCAUUUACAUCAGCAACGACGUCCGUCUGGGAAGUUGGUUCAAUCCGGCUUGGAGAAAGAGGAUGCUGCUGACUCUCAAGAGUAACAAAAAUAAGUCCAAUCUCAUCCACAUGUUGAUGGGCAUGACUUUCCAGAUCUGCUUAACCGAGAACUCGACACUGGAGCCCGUGCCGGCCAUUUACGUCAACCCUUUCGGGGGCAGCCACUCGGAGAGUUGGUUCAUGCCCGUCAACCGGCCUGACUUCCCCAACUGGGAGAGAACUCGACUGGACUCCUCCGCCGCCGCCGCCUCCGUUGCGCAAUGCUACAACUGGACCUUGUCCUUGGGCACCCAGUGGAAGUCCUUCUUCGAAACCGUCCACAUCUACCUGCGAAGCCGCAUCGUCACCGACGACCCGACGGCCAACGAAACGCUCUUCUACGAACCUUUGGACAUGGACGACCAGACGUCGAACCUGGGUUACAUGAAGAUCAACACCCUGAAGGUUUUUGGAUACAGCAUGCACUUUGACCCCGAGGGAAUGAAGGACUUGAUCCUGCAGCUGGACUACCCGUACACGCAGGGAACGCAGGACGCCGCCUUUUUCAUGCUGCUGGAGAUGAGGGAUCGCGUCAACAGGUUGGCCCCGCCGGCGCCGCAGCCGCUCGACCUCUUCUCUUGUCUGCUGCGUCACCGACUGAAGUUGUCCGCCGGCGAGGCGGCGCGCAUCAAGGAAGCUCUUCGGAUCUUCAACUCCAAGCUGCCCGACGCCGCUCCCGAACCCGAGCUGGCUCAGCUCUGCAGCUAAGCCGAGCGCCGGACGGCCAUACUCUGGGAUAUUCUCCCGCUGAACCUCGGGCCCGGUCGGGAUCCGUCCUUGGCGAGAUUGACAGGCGGAAGGGACGACGUCUCCCGGCUGCUUUCGCCGUGUCGUGACUGUCAGAGGCCGACGACGGGGGCGCGUCGGAGACCUGCCGGGGGACGGGAAGCUUGGCCGAACUCGCUUCCUUUCGCCGCCACUGCCUUUCUUUCGGCAAACUACCUGACAGCUGCGAGACUCGUGUCAUUCGAUAGGUAUCGAGGAACUCUUCAGGGGUCAACAAGAGCAAGAUCGUCCUUUUGUAUUUUCUUUGGUGACCGAACAACCGAGAGAGGAAUACAAACGAAAUGCGCUUCGAAACGACGUUUACGCUUACAUUUUGAUAACUCCGACCGCGUUGCUAUCAACCGAUAUUUGUUUUCAAUCCCUACCUUGCAUUUUUUUUUUUUUUUAAAUGGACAUUUCAAAACGCGUAUUCCCGCUGAGCAACCGAGAGGCUUGUUAGUGUUCGCUCUGUACUUGGUGAUGUGUGUUGACCAGAAAAAAAAAAAAAAGCUCAACACGUUGGCAACGCAAAUAGCGACAUGGCUUCGAUGUUGCUUCUUUUCUUUUUCUCCUUUUUUUUUGAGAUGAAAACCGAAGGUGAUGUGGUUCUAAAAAUAUCUAUACGUUUGCGAGUACAGUCCUGUAAAUAUUGCGCCAUCGAACUUGAACAUGUGCACACUGCUUUUUAGAUAACCAAGUGCAAAGACCAAAAAAAAAAAAACAGAAAUGUUGAUAACAACUCAUGCCUUAUAUGGAGUAAGUGUCGUGAGAAGCACAUUUAGUUUUGGUGUUUGAUUUCCUGGCAGGUGACGUAUUCCAUUUCAUUUUCCAAUCAACGGCAAAAAAAAGACGUCCAUCCCGCUAACCGGCGUUCCCACGUCCUCGCUGGUCCCGCCGGCACUCUCGGCUUCCGUUUGCUCAACGUUCAGCUGUUGCCGGUGCACGCCAGUACUUCACGUCACGUUAAUCGCUCACCCAAAGGUCCUCCGGGUUCAAUUCGAGAUGCUCUCGGAAACCUCAAGCAUUCGCUAUGACUAAAAAUGUUUCGGAUGUUUUUAUUGCACCAGCCCAAAAUGACAAGUCCAACGUGGUCAGCGUGACCUGCAAAUGUUGCCGUUUUUCAAGGUUUCUGAAGGGCGCCGAUGGUCAUUCGGAGAAACAACACGACACCUUCGAACAGGUAUUAAUUAUUUAGGAUGAUUAUUCCAUUGUGUAUUUUUAAAAAAAUCCAGAAAACAUCUGUCAUCAGUGUAUUUGGGUUUGUUGUCCUUUCCAGCUGCCAAUCAGCUUGCUCGAUUUUAAAAUCAAGUGGCAUGUUUCUUUGGAAUUCAUUCCUGUGAA